AUGGCUGAGAAAAAGAUGUCCUUGAGCCGGAAAAAUCAUCUUAAGAGCUUACUGCUGCAGAUUGGAAAGACGAUUCUGGAGGAGGAGGCACGGGAGGCUGAGAAGGAGAAAAAGAAGUACAUGGAGCAGAACUGUCCUUCCUUCUCCACCCCAGACUCCAUGCAGCAGCUCCAGGACCUGUGUCGGCAGCUUCACAAGCAGAUUGACUUGGUGGAUGAGGAGCGAUACGACAUGGAGAUAAAAGUAAAAAAAUCCAACAAGGAGAUUGAUGACUUGAAGUUAAAGGUUCAAGAUCUGAAUGGAAAGUUUAAAAAGCCGGCCCUAAAGAGGGUACGGAUGUCUGCUGACGCCAUGCUGGCCGCACUGCUGGGCUCCAAACAUAAAGUGUCUUUGGACCUCAGAGCCAACCUGAAGCAGGUCAAGAAGGAGGUGAAAGAGGAGGUGAGUGCCUCAGAUACGGGAGACUGGAGGAAGAACGUUGAAGACAAGGCCGGAAUGGAUGGAAGGAAGAAGAUGUUCGAGACAGAGGCUUAA